CAUUGCCUCCCCUUCCCUCCCCAUUGUCUUAUUGUCAUCCUUGCAUUGAAACCUUCGACCUCUGUCUGCUUUGUCUCCUCUUCUUCUUCUUCUUCCCAUGGAGGAUUUCAGAUCCAAGUCAUGCAGAGAUGGGAGAGAUGGGAGGAUGCAGAUGGAAGUUUACUAUGGAGGCAAACCAGGUGCUCCUCCAACAAGCAUGCAGGAUCUCAGAAGUUACAGCUCAAAUUAUGCAGGCUCUUGUGUUUCCCAGCCAAACAGCCAUCAGAUGGUGGUGAAGGAUGGGAAGCUGAAGAAAGGGAAGGGCAGCCUAUCCGCCUCGAAAAGCUGGAGCUUGAGUGAUCCGGAGUUGCAGAGGAAGAAGAGGGUUGCUGGGUACAAAGUUUACACAGCAGAGGAGAAGAUGAAAGGGUCUCUGAGGAAGAGCUUCAAGUGGAUCAAGAACACCUACACCCAAGUAGUCUACGGAUGGCGAUGAUUCGAUCAACGGGUACUUUGAGAGAAAAGAAGAAGAAGAAUAAAUACUUUAUUGGUUUUUUCUUUUGUAUUCAGGAGUUUUAGUUGUUCUGUGCAUUUGUGAAGUUUAUUAUGCAUCUGUCUACGAAAUUAAUUAUAAAAAGUAAUGGAAUUCAAUACUUUGGUAUUAACUUCUUUAGCUAAGCAAGCAGACCUUGGUCUAUGAUGAAUGUUUUCGGGCUUCACUCCGAAUUGUU